UUUCAAAUUCUAUACACUAUAUGAUAUAUAUGCUUAAUUGAUUCUUCCAUAGAAAUCACGGUUGCAAUAUGGUUGGUUCAACUCCUUUUCUUCUCUCUUACUCAUCAAGUUCACUCUCAUUCAUCCAACUUCAAGAUGAUGAAGACGAUGAACAAAUCACCUCAAUCAACUCAGUAGUUGAAGAAUGCAUCGGAGAACUCAAUUGGACGCAACUCUUCCAAGUUGUUUUAGUCUCAUUUGCUUGGUUCUUCGACGGCCAACAAACUUUCAUCACCAUCUUCACCGAUGCGCAACCGUCUUGGCAUUGCACCACCAACCAAGACGGCUGCGAAUCGAGUACUACCAAAAGCGCCACCAUGUGCAACCUCCCCAACGACACAUGGUCUUGGGACGAACCAAUUAAGACUUCCAUAAUCUCCGAAUGGGACUUGGAAUGCGUCGGAUCAUUCAUUACCGGCCUUCCGGCAUCCAUGUUCUUCGUCGGAAGCUUAAUCGGCGGCCUUGUUUUGGCCACUCUCGCCGACUCCUGGCUCGGCCGCAAGAAGAUGCUCUUCUUCUCUUGUCUCUUGAUGUCUCUUUCCUCCUUUCUCGCUUCCUUCUCCGCCAAUAUUUGGAUUUAUUCCAUCCUCAAAUUCCUCUGCGGAUUCGGCCGCGUCAACAUCGGAACCGCCGCAAUCGUGCUCGCUUCCGAGCUCGUUUCAAGAAAAUGGCGCGGCCAAGUCGGUAUCUUCGGCUUCUUCUUGUUCAGUCUCGGAUUCUUAACUCUACCAGCAAUGGCUUACAUGAACAGAGGAUUUUCAUGGCGGAAUCUGUAUCUGUUCACUUCCAUUCCAGCCAUCAUAUACUCCAUACUGAUCCGUCCGCUCGUUUGCGAAUCACCGAGGUGGCUUAUUGUUAGAGGGAAGAAAGAAGAAGCCAUUGAUGCGUUGAAAAGCAUCACAUCGUUGAGUAAUGUUAGUUACUUCGACGAAGCUAUCUCAGCAAUCAUGCCUCAAAAGGAAGAAAAUUUCAACAAUUUUGGUUUGUAUUCUUCACUCAAGAUCUUGUUGCAAAAGAAAUGGUCAUCAAGAAGACUAGUGGUGAUUAUUGCAAUGGGUUUAGGGAUUGGGUUGGUGUACUUUGGCAUGCCAUUAGGUCUUGAAUUAUUGUCAUUCAACAUUUAUUUAAGUGUCACGUUUAAUGCAUUGUCUGAAAUUCCAUCUGCUUUUCUAGCAUUCAUGCUAAUUGACAAGUUCAACAGGAGAAGUGUGAUACUAAUUCUCACAACACUUAGUGGGAUCUCAAGUGUUGUAUCAACAAUUGAAGUUGUGGGGGUUCAAAUUGUGUUUGAGUUGGUGUCAUUCAUUUGUGCUUGCACUGCUUAUGAUGUGUUAGUGAUUUAUGGGACAGAGUUGUUCCCAACUUGUGUGAGGAACUCAGCAUUGUCAUUGGUGAGACAAGCUGGUGUGUUGGGUGGAACACUGUGUCCAAUGUUGGUGGCAAUUGGUAGAGGGAACAAGUUUCUAUGUUAUGGUGUUUUUGGUUUGGCAAUUGGGUGUAGUGGCUUGUUUUCAGUGUGUUUGCCAGAGACAAAGGGCAAAGCAUUUUGUGACACUAUUCAUGAAGAAGAAAGCAAACAAGAAGUAGUUGAAUCCUUCAUCAAAUGAUUGUAAUUAAUGUUAUCUUGCAUGCUACCUCCUUCGUUAAGUUUUUCAACUUCUACCCUUAUAUGAAAAGUAGGAAAGCAAGUGUACGACUGUUCAAGAAAGUGUUUUUUUUAGUUUCUUUAAUUAUCUCGUGUUGUAUAUUAUAUUAAUUAUCAACUAAGCGUUGAGCUGUGCU